AGAAGGAAGUCGCGUUGCCGUGCCCUACGCGCCUGUCUGCACCACGAAUUUUAUUUAAGAACUGCAUUCCCCUCCCACAAAUUUUCUUUUUCUCCUUCCAAUAUUCAACUUACCUCUCACCGCAACCACCACAGUCCCUUCAUCGUCAUCGCACACACACUAGAGGUUAAGAGCUGAUAAACCAUGACAGGUAGACGUAAAAGCAAUCCCGGAGCUGCUUCAAGCGCCCAACAACCAACCAUGACUGGAGCUGCAUCGAGCGCUCGUCAACCUACCGAGAGUAGAGCUGCAUCAAGCGCUCAUCUAUUAAGUCUAUUAAGCUACGCACCAACGAUGCCAGCCCUCUCAAGCGACUCCGAAUCCUCGAGCUCAUAUCACUCGGACUCCUCCUCCUCGAUAUCAUCUUCAUCCGAUUCUAGCCGAUCCGGGCAUAGAAAUAAGCGCAGGAGGUAUUCGAGCUCUAAAUCUCAUCGCAGACGAUCAAAAUCGCAUAAGUCGCACAGUUCCUCGAAGCAUACAUCUGCCGUCGAAUCGGAAAAAUUAACCGAACGAUAUGAGUCGGGAAAGGUCUGGAUGGCGUCGAACAAGCCCGCCGUUAGUGAAAGCCAAUUCCUGGAUAUGAAUCCGAAACCGACGUACGACGACGUAUUCACCGAGCAUGACUACGACGCAGUAGUUCGCCAGUGGGAGGCCGACCCGGUGAAGUCUCUUCUCUUAGGGAAUCAUACCCUAGAGAAUCUACCAGAUACGGGUCGCGCGCUGCCAAAAAAGCCGCGCCGCGCCGAGCGAGACUCGUUCGGCAUCGUUUAUCGCCUGUUCCCGCGGUUAUACGGCUGCUCCUACGACGAGUUCGUGGGACGGAGAUACCAGCUCGCCUAUGACUGCAUCGAUAACCCGAUGGUCCUCCUGGAGAAUAACACAACAGUCCACGAUCCUUUCCCAUCCAAGUCAUUCUCGGAGAAUAUGAGAUGUCUCGCCGCCCAGAAUAUCUGGAUGGGAAGCCUCGAACUCCUCGCCACGUGCAUUCAAUACGUGAAUCGAGUGCGUACCAAUGACAAGCGGCCUUGGAAGCUAGUUGAUUGCGACCAAGAUAGCAGGUUCUUCAAGGUAUGGCAAAGCGUCAGCAGCAGCAACCCUGGCCGGGAGAAUAUGGAAACCCUCUACAUACGAGUCAAGCAGGAACUCAGCUCCAAGCCAGGCUUCUAUCAGAGAUUUUUUGACCAGAUCAACGAAUCAGUCAAGGUAAAGAUUCCACAGACCUAUAAAGGUCAGGGUCACGCCUCGAAACGCAAAAGCGACGAUGACCCCUAUUUCAUCCGAACCAUCGACUUGUCCAUACUCAUACACGCGCUGGAAAAUGUGAGCUGCUGGAGCAUUCCCCUUCUACCGGAUCCUAAGCUCUCGUCUACUAUGAUCCAACGCGCUAUGCAAGGUCGCAGCUAUCCAUCCGAUGCGGAGUUUUCCAAGGCACGAGAAGCCUCGAUCAUAGCGCAUAGAGCGCUGGAGAAGGCAACCGAAUUAAGAGCUAUCGCCGAGGCUCGACGCGCAGCUCCAAUCCCUCUGGACGAGGGCGACGUGGAUUUAUCCAACAGGAGCCCCCUAGGGAUUUCCCGUAACCGGGUGAUUCCAGAAUCAUCCAGUGACUGAUUGAUUCACAACAGACU